AUGGCUACUCGUAUCUAUCUAUCUAUCUAUCUAUCUAUGGCUGUUCCUAUGUAUUUAUGUGCGUAUCUAUUUAACUAUGGCUAUUCGUAUCUUUUUCUCUCUCAAUCUAUUUAUGGGUGUUCAUAUGUAUUUAUGGAUGUUCAUUAUCUAUCUAUCUAUCUAUCUAUCUAUCUAUCUAUGGAUUUUCCUCUUGACUAUUCAUGGACACCCCAUAGACCGAACGCUAGCAUUUUCAAGAUUUUCAAACUCACCGCUUCUCGCUUCCCAUUUUCCUUUCCACCCCGUCCUUGCCCUUCUUUGUUAUCCCUUGCGUUUCUCUCGUUUUUCUCUCUCAUCUCAAUUUCUCUUUCUUCCUUUUACCCACUCUUUGUUUCUUUCUUUUUAUUUCCCAGCCCGUAUUCUCAUUUGCUAUUCUCUCCUCUCCUCUUCGUCUGCUUUCAGCUUCUCUUAUCUUUUUCUUUAGUCUUUCUACUUCGCAUUUUCUUUUCUUUUUAUUAUUAUUAUUAUUAUUUUUUUACGACCCUACCACUUUCCGAUUCAACUCAUGCUUCCCUCCAAACAUGGUCGUUUCUUGAUUUUUUUUCUAGAAGGGCCCCUUCUAUUUUCUCUCUUUUCUUUUUUUGGGGUGGCGUGAAGGUGGGUUCAUCAUCAACAGUACCUCCCCUCCCAUACAACCACCAACCACCGCAGCCUCUUUCACCACCAACACCAUCCAUAGCCAACCCACCUCAAACUAUAAACGCCAUUGACUUCAUAUCGUCUGAAUCUUUGAUUCCAGAGAAAUGGUGGCACCACAAGCGAUUUCCAUUAUUUAACAGCACCAAGGGCAGUUCAACUAUUUUGUCUCAUACCCCGAAUAAAACGACGUUCGUGUCAAUCGCAUCCGAGCAAGUCAUUUCCGUGUUCAUUAAAAGUGCUUCUGUUAUAUUAUAUCCAUUGUACUUUCUAUCUUUCUAUCUUUCUUUCUUUCUUUCUAUCUUUCUUUCUUUCUUUCUAUCUUUCUUUCUUUCUUUCUAUCUUUCUUUCUAUCUUUCUAUCUUUCUUUCUUUCUUUCUUCUUUCUUUCUUUCUUUCUUUCUUUCUUUCGUGCUUUCUUUCUUUAUUUCUUUUUCUUUCUUUCUUUCUUUCUUUCUUUCUUUCUUUCUUUCUUUCUUUCUAUCUUUCUUUCUUUUUCUUUCUUUCUAUCUUUCUUUCUUUCUUUCUUUCUUUCUUUCUAUCUUUCUAUCUUUCUUUCUUUCUUUCUUUCUUUCUUUCUAUCUUUCUUUCUUUCUUUCUAUCUUUCUUUCUUUCUUUCUUUCUUUCUAUCUUUCUUUCUUUCUUUCUUUCUUUCUUUCUUUCUUUCUUUCUUUCUUUUUUUUUUCUUUCUAUCUUUCUUUCUUUCUAUCUUUCUAUCUUUCUUUCUUUCUUUCUAUCUUUAUUUCUUUCUUUCUUUCUUUCUUUCUUUCUUUCUUUCUUUCUUUCUUUCUUUCUUUCUUUAUUUUGCAUUCAAUCUAUCUAUCUAUCUAUCUAUCUAUCUAUCUAUCUAUCUAUCUAUCUAUCUAUCUAUUUCAAUUUCUUUCUUUCUUUCUUUUUUACUUUCUUUUACCGUUUGUAG